AACUCUUUUCUUUCGAGCACCUCCAUCAACUGCAUUUUUUACUCCUCUACUCUGUUGCAUCGUUGCAUCAAAGAGCUUGCAGGAACAGUCAUUAGUAUCUACAGUCUCAACCUUUAAACCCACAUUCCAACUAUGGCUUCCUCUGCACCAGAUGAGACAUCUGCAGAAGCCCUGUCCACAAAGCUCGAGACAACACAGCUUGAGGCAUCACGCGAUGAUGGUGGUGAAGAGGUCCAGACUGCACAAGAAAGAGCUACCGAUUUGCUCGAGUCCUCAUAUAAUGUUGUAGUCAAGCUUGCGGAUCAACAGGCUGAUGUCAACUCUCCUCUUUAUUCUAUCAGCUCAUUUGAAGACCUUGGUUUGCACGAUGACUUGCUCAAAGGACUUUACAACAUGAAGUUUGCCAAGCCUUCCAAGAUCCAGGAGCGAGCAUUACCACUUUUGCUUCAAAACCCUCCACGUAACAUGAUCGCUCAGUCCCAGUCAGGAACAGGCAAAACAGCUGCUUUUGCUCUCACUAUUCUUAGCAGAAUCAACUAUGAUCUUAAAGCUCCUCAGGCUUUGGUUCUUUCGCCUUCGCGUGAAUUGGCACGCCAGACCAUGGAGGUUAUUCAAGAGAUGGGUAAAUUUACGCAAGUGACAUUAUUCCAAGCUAUCAAGGACGAGAAUACGCCGCCCAAGGUGACUGCCCAUGUUAUCGUUGGCACUCCGGGAACAGUGACGGAUUUGAUUAAGAGACGUGUCAUCGAUUCCAAGAAUAUUCGCCUCUAUGUUUUGGAUGAGGCAGAUAACAUGUUGGACUUGCAAGGCCUUGGUGAUCAGAGUCGUCAACUGAAGAGAUUUUUGCCCAGAGAUUGUCAGAUUGUGCUGUUCUCUGCAACAUGGGCUGACCGUGUUCGUAAAUUUGCAGAAGAGAUUGCGGUGAAUGCCAACCAGAUCACACUUAGACCUGAGGAGUUGUCGGUUGACGGUAUCAAACAAUUUUAUGUCGACUGCCGCGAUCAGACGAGGGGCAACAAGAAUAGAAAGUACGAUAUCCUUGUGGGGUUGUACUCAUUGUUGACUGUCAGUCAGAGUAUUAUUUUUGUAAAGAGACGUGAUACAGCCGAUGAGAUUGCACAAAAGAUGUCGGAAAAGCAUCAUGCGGUAGUUUCUUUGCAUGGAAAAUUGGAAGCAACUCAGCGUGAUGAAGUGAUUGAUUCUUUCCGUGCAGGAAAGUCCAAGGUUCUUAUUACGACCAACGUUAUUGCCCGAGGCAUCGAUAUUGCCAAUGUGAACAUGGUUGUUAAUUAUGACAUGCCUACGGACCAGUAUGGAAGACCGGACCCUGAAACGUACCUUCAUCGUAUUGGACGCACUGGUCGUUUCGGUCGCACAGGAGUGUCGGUCAACUUUAUCCAUGAUGACAAGAGUAUGGAGGUGAUGAGAGAGAUUGAGGGUCAUUUUGAUCGUAGGAUGAUCCAACUACCAGAAGAUUUGGAUGAAGCUGAAGAGAUUAUCAAGAAGGCCAUGAAGGCACCAUAAAAUCGAUCGAUUGUUAGAGUUUUGCAGGAUUGUUUAGAUAUUUUUUUUUUAUUUUAUUUGAAUAAAAAAGAUCGAAUAGCUUUAUAGCUUUUUUUAUUUUU